AUGCGGCCUCUAGACUACUUGAAGGCCGCCACGUACAACUAUGUGUCGGGGCCUUUGCUUCAGAAAACGACAAUGUGGGACCUGCCUUCGGCUGAUGAGCUGGUGGGGGACGCAUCCGGCUUGACGGCGAUCGUCACGGGGCCGACAAGCGGCAUCGGCGAGGCAACCACGGGGGUGCUGGCGAGGAACGGCGCACACGGUGCGGGCGCAAACGGCCGCGACGCGCCGGGGCUCGUGGCGCCCGCCUUCGUCCUCGCCUGCCGCAGCCAAUCAAAGGGCGACGCCCUUGCGGCGCGGCUAGCAUCAGAGGCUCGCGCUGCGGGGCGGCCUGCGCCGUCUCUGGAAAUCAUGCUGCUAGACCUCAACAGCCUGGAGUCUGUGCGCGCGUUUGUGGCGGCCUGGGAGGCGCGCGGGCGGCCGCUGCACCUGCUCAUCAACAACGCGGGGCUCUUCCACAUGGGAGCCGGCCGCUCCACGACCAAGGACGGCCUCGAGGCGCACAUGGGCACCAACCACCUCGCCCACUUCCUGCUGACACUCGGCCUGCUCCCCGCGCUCCGCCGCGGCGCCGCGACCGACGCGGGGCUGCGGCGGCUGGGCGGGGCGCGCGUGGUGCACGUGGCGUCGUCGAUGCUGAUGUUUGGGCGGGGCCUGGCCUGCGACGACCCGACGAUGGAGCUGCCCGGCAGCUACUCAGCUGAGGUGGCCUACGGCCGCAGCAAGCUAGCGCAGGUGCUCUUUGCGCGCGAGCUGCGGCGGCGGUUGGCAGAGCAGGCCGGCGACGCCCAGGACCCCGCAGCUGCUGCACCCCCAAACAAGGCGGGCGGCGUCGAGGGCGCGCCGCGCGUGCAGGCCUACGCCGUCCACCCGGGCUACGUCCUCACAGACGUCGUGCGCAGCCUGCCGGCCGUGGUGCAGCGCGCGUACCGGCUGCUCAUGGCGCGAAUCCUGCUGACGCCAGAGCAGGGCAGCCGCGCGACGCUCAAGGCCGCCUGCUCCCCGACCGCCUGGCGCGACUCUCUGCCAACCGGCGGCUUCUUCAACUGUGACGCCAAGCCGGCGGUUCUGAGCGAUACCGUGCUGGACGACAAGACGGCGGCCUGGCUAUGGGAUUGGUCGGCGCGGCAGGUGAAACUGCCUGCUGACUGGGACCUGCCGGCACGGCGGGGAGCUUCGUAA